AUGUUGUUUGGUCGUCGAAGCGCAAUCGUUGCGGCGGCGGCAGCAGCCCUCGCACUCAACGUAUCAGCGCAGACAUUUCAGCGUCUUGGAGGCUGCCCAACCCUGGGCUGCAUUUUCCCACCAGACCAGGCCGAUUUCCUAGCUGGACAAUACUUCGAUAUCCGCCUCGAAGUUCACGCGCCCGUCAAUGGCUCUGAGGCCACUGGAAGGCAGCCAGACCCGAACUUUGAGUUUACUAUCGCAAGAGCGAACUCAAGUGCACAGAGCGCUGCGCAGUAUUUCGGACUCGAGGAGCCGAGGCUCGAGCGGUGGAACUUCACGUGGUUUGAAGAUCUCUUUGCGCGAGAUGCCCGAAGGCCGUCAUUAGUCAAUGUCACCGCGAAAGCGUACCGCAGAGUUGCUCUAUACGAACCCGGCGAAUAUACCGCAACGCUGAACUACAACAACGGGUCCAAGACUAUUGCUACGUGGACGGUUCGAGACAUCGCGGAAGAGCGCAAGACGAAGAACAUUAUCCUUUUCAUUGGUGACGGAAUGACGACCAACAUGAUUACCGCUGCCCGCCUUAUAGCUCAUAGGAGCGUCAAUGGCAAAUAUAAGACGAGGAUGAUGAUGGAUCAAUUCCCUGUCCUUGGCCAUCAGAUGACCCACUCUCUUGACACAUUCAUGACCGACUCUGCAAAUUCCGCGAUGUCGCUCUAUACUGGCCAUAAGUCCAUGGUCAACUGCCUAGGUGUCUAUGCCGAUUCCAGCAGAAGUCCGUUCGAUGAUCCGAAGGUUGAGUCGAUUGCUGAAAUCUUCUACCGCCUCUAUAACGGCAACAUCGGGAUCGUCAGCACAGCCCUCAUCGCUGAUGCAACGCCUGCCGCACUGACCGCCCAUACCAGGGAUCGAAAUCAGUACCCAGCGGUUGUUGAUUCUUUCCUGAACGGCAUAACCAACUACAGCUGGACAGACUGGAAUGGCCCAGACGUUCUCUUCGGCGGUGGAGCAGAGCAGUUCUACCGGGGCGGCAGGACGUACAUGGGCCGAGAUUACUACGAGGAGUUUGCGAAUGCGGGUUACAACAUUGUGCUCAACAAGACCUCGCUCCUCGACACUGCCAACGACACCAGGACUCUCGGCAUAUUCUCCACCUCGAAUAUGGCCAAGUGGCUAGACCGGAAUGUUUAUACUGAUAACCUGCGCAAUCAGAGCAACAGCCCUGACGGCUCCAGAGGAGACGCCCUUGAUCAGCCCGGUCUCAAAGAAAUGACCCUAAAAGCCAUUGACAUCCUGGAGACACGCAGCGAGGGCAAGGGCUUCUUCCUUAUGUCCGAAGCGGCCUCGAUCGACAAGAUGAUGCACGCCCUCGACUACGACCGCGCGCUUGGCGAGCUGCUCGAGCUCGACGACACCAUCAAAGCCACCGUCGAGAGGCUGAAGGAGCUGGGCACCCUUAAUGACACGCUCAUCCUCGUGACUGCUGAUCACGGUCACGGCUUUGAUGUCAUGGGCUCCGUCGACACCCAAUACCUCAACGCACAGGAUACAGACCGUGAGAAACGCAAUGCCAUCGGCGUGUAUCAAAACUCCGGCCAGUCCCAAUAUGUCAUUGGUAACCUUACUUACUCCGAGGGCGUCCACUUUCCUGCAACGUGGGAACCACGUUAUUCGUUGUACGAGGGCGUGACCGCAAACCCCGACAGGAUCGAAAACUACCAAGUCAAGCAGGAGGGCGUUAGAGAACCGGCGGUGAACAUCACGGCGCGGCAAGAUUUCUAUGCAAACCCGGAAGAUGAUAACCCUCCAGGAAUACUUGUCAACGGGACCCUUCCGGUAGAUCAAGCCCAGGGUGUCCACAGCUUGACAGACGUUCCCGUUUUUGCCAUGGGGCCUUGCCAGGAGCUGUUUGGAGGCGUGUACAAUAACAUUGAUGUGUUCUAUGGUAUGGCAGAGUGCCUCGGACUAUCGCGCAGGACCACUCCUCAUGAGCCCAAAAAGCAUUAA